AUGCUAGGCUUCUCGUUGGCCGAGCCUUCGGAUGGAAUCCUCGUCAGCAGACCUGUCUACGGACGCUUCGAGCUGGACUACGGGAUCGAGGCGGGCGUGCAGAUGGUGUACGCAGACACCGACGUCGACGAGGCGUUCUCGCCGGCUGUGGUGCACAAGUACAAACUAGCUCUCGAGGACGCAAAGGCGCGGGGCAUCACUGUCCGCGCCGUGAUCAUUGUGAACCCGCAUAACCCUGUUGGACGAUGCUAUCCGGUUGAGACUCUACGGGCGAUUCUAUCAUUUUGCAAUGAGCAUCGCUUGCAUUUUAUUAGCGACGAGAUUUACGCAUCCUGCGUGUUUGACUCGGCAGACCCCAAUGCGCAGCCAUUCACUUCAAUCCUGAGUCUGAGCACGCCAGAUUUGAUUGCCCCUGACCUCGUGCAUGUCUUGUACGGUCUCAGCAAGGAUUUCGCCAGUGGCGGCCUCCGCCUCGGGUUCUUGAUCACCAAGAAUGUAGACUUGCGCCAAUCAUGCAAAACAAUCCUGUUCGACUCCCUUCGAAGAUCCCUCGGGGAUAUUGGCACGCCGCAUCUAACGUGA